CCCGAAUCCACCCGCGUCAUGUGUGCACCGUUAUCUAUCAAAGAGAGUCCAUUUCUCUUUUAUUCUUUUGGAAGCGUUCCAUUCCAUGGAGCCCAGCCUUUCGUCUCCGUGACCCGGAAUAGCGGAACGGCCCCGCAACGAUGCUCCCUAAAGCAGCCCACUGUAGCCUUGUAAGAGGAGGCGCUACGGAAGCAAGGCGAGGAAAAAAUGACGGAUUGUUAUCCCGGCACUCUCCGUCCAAUGCCGUGUGACAUUUUCGCAUCAAACUUGUAAAAAAAUCUCUGAUACAAACUUGAAUUACAGCAAAACCUACGAAACAGAACACUCCUCACACGCCCCCCCCCCAAUCCCAUGCGGCUCCUCCCCAGGAGCGCCCACCGCAAUCAAUGGCCGCGCCCCUGCGCAACACUCUGACGAGCCCAGCCGGCCGCUCAUCAUUCCGAUCUUGGCCCGGCGCUUCUUCUUCAGUUCGCGGCAUCACCAGCUUCAGCCCAGCCAAUGCCCCAGCACAGAUUGCGGCGCGGCCGCCGCCGGAGAGUGUUCUGGAACGGCCGCCUCCUGAUGCUUUAUUGUUGAAGAGACCGGUGUCUGCGCCGCGAGACAGCUUGCCUCAGACGUACUUUGAGAGCUCUGGAGCUGUGUGGGUGGGAGGCCGGGGAGACCAGCCGCCGGAUCCAAACAAAGCAAAGCUCGGCAAAACUCUACGAAUCCUCCAAGAACGCCUCCCGACGCUCCUCCAAUCUCCCCUCCCGCAAGACAUCCUCGCCCCCAACAUCUCGCUCCAGCUCUUCCCCUCAACGCACCCCCACCUCCCCGUCGUCUCCGGCCGAGUCGCCUACAACGCCGCCCUCUGGACCUCCCCCAUCGCCUGGAACCGCGUCCCCAUCAUCGGCAACGUCAAGCUCGAGAUCCUCGCCGAGCGCAUGACCUCGGAGCCUCUGACCUUCUUGCCCCGCCGCGCCGGCGCCAUCCAGGAGCAGCUCGUCGUGCGCUGGUGCGAGAAGCGCAAGGUCAAGGAAAAGGAGGACAAGCAGAAAGGCACGGGUAUUUCGCUGCCCUCGUUGCGCCUGGCCCGCGGUGUCGACCCCAAGGAGGCAUUUACGGGGCUCUUCAUAUUCGACUUCGAUUCAGAGGGCAGGAUCCUUACGCAUACCAUUGAGCAGGCUCAGGAGGGUGGUGAUUGGGAGAAGGGCAUGGGAGCCAAGUUCGUGGGCCUCACUGAUUGGCUACUAGGCGGGCUUCAGGGUCCGGACGAUAACCCGAUACCCAUGUUUGAGAGAAAACGAACGUUGUGAUUUUUGAAAUGAUUCGUGGGAGAGCGUGUGUUUUGAGAAUCAGAAAGUGGGAAAAGACGAGGGGUGCGUUGGCGUUGAUGGCAUUAUCUUGAUUUGGUCUCUUCACCUACCUGGUCGAUCCGGAGGUAAGGUGCAUGUUGUAACGAUAGCUGCCCGUUUAGAAGGCAUUUGUAUAACUCUGUAUAUCCUAGCAAGACUCUCUACUACGUUAGUAAUUAGCAUCUCAUAACCUACUCAGCAACAUCAUAUAUAAGCUUAUCAAAUAAU